AUGGCUUACUUCUAUUUGCUCUCUCUUAGCAUUUGCUUCCUCGUUCUCCAUGGCUGCUUUGCUCAGAUAGAGCAAGUCACACGGCGAACCCGUCUCCCUCACCAGCACCGGUUUCAGACCGAGUGCCGCCUUGACAACUUAAAUGCCCAAGAACCCUCUGAGAGGAUUGAGUCCGAGGCUGGUUUCACUGAAUAUUGGGAUCAAAAUGAUGAUCAGUUCCAGUGUGCCGGAGUAGCUCUACUCCGCCACACUAUCAAACGUAGAGGCCUAUUGUUGCCUUCAUACUCCAAUGCACCUCGCCUCUUCUAUGUUGCCCAAGGUAAGGGUAUUCAGGGGGCUGUUCUCCCAGGUUGUCCUAACACGUACCAAUCGCCGUUGCAGUUUGGAAACCGUAGAACACAACAAAGAAUCGAAGACAGCCACCAGAAGCUUCGACCUAUCAGGGAGGGUGAUAUCCUUGCUGUGCCAGAAGGAGUGGCUCAAUGGAUUUAUAAUGACGGCGAAAACCAGCUUGUUUUGGUCGGAUUCUACGACACCUUGAAUGAGGAGAACCAGCUCGAUCAGAACCCUAGGGACUUCUACCUUGCUGGGAACCCACAAGAACAAAGUGAGCAGAGGAGCCAGAGGAGCCGGGGUCAAAGCCGCAGGGGAGAGCAAGAUAACAAUGGCAACAAUGUCUUUGGUGGCUUUGACAGGAGGUGUUUGGUUGAGUCUUUAAAUAUUAGAGAGGAUUUGGUCGAUAAAAUACAAUCCCGAAGAGAAGAUCAGAGGGGCAAUAUCGUGAAUGUACAGGAUGAUCUUCAGCUGAUAGCCCCAGGAAGGGAAGAUGAUGAAGAACGAGAAGACAGACAACAAGAAGGAAGAAGAGAGAAUGGCAUUGAGGAAACCUUCUGUACACAAAGGCUCAAGCACAACACUGAUGACCCACAACUUGCUGACUUUUACAACCCACGUGCCGGUCGUGCCACCACCCUUAACAGCUAUGUCUUCCCUGUCCUAGAGCGCCUCCAACUUACUGUUGUGAGAGGAUUCCUUUACAAGAAUGCACUUGUGGGACCAUACUACAACUUGAACAGCAACAGCGUGAUAUAUGGGCUUAGGGGCAAUGCUAAGGUUCAGGUCGUGGACGACAAUGGAGACAAUGUAUAUGACGGGGAACUUCGGGAGGGUCAGGCUUUGGUUGUGCCACAAAACUAUGUUGUUCUUAAGAGGGCUGCGAAUGAGGGAUUCGAGUGGGUCUCAAUCAAGACCAACGACAAUGCCAUCACUAACCAACUUGCUGGACGCCUCUCGGUCAUCCAGGCAUUGCCAGUAGAUGUGUUACAGAACGCAUUCAACAUUGAUGAGAAUGAUGCUUUUCAGUUGAAGAAUAAUAGGAAUGAGGCUGGUAUGUUUAGCCCAUCAGAGUCUCAGUCACAAAGGAGGAGGGAUUAA